AACUGUGUUCCCCGCAGCCUGCAGUUUACUGCCUGUGCUGUUAUCUCACAGCGGGCAGACAUUAUAAGGUCAUGCCACUAAAUGUUGUGCUGGACGGUCCGGCCCCCUGGGGGUUUCGCCUGGCUGGAGGAAAGGACUUCAACCAGCCCCUGACCAUCUCCAGGAUCACACCCGGCAGUAAAGCCUCCGCAGCAAACUUGUGUCCUGGUGAUGUCAUCCUGGCCAUUGAGGGAGUCCCAGCCGCAGACAUGUUGCACUGUGAAGCCCAGAACAAGAUAAAAGACUCCACCAAUCAGCUCUGUCUUACUGUUGAAAGGAAUCAAUCAAGACUCUGGUCACCACGUGUUGUGAACGAAGGUAAAGCUCACCCAUAUAAAGUCAACCUGGAAGCAGAACAGCAGGAAUAUAAACCAAUUGGUGCUGCUCACAACCGUAGAGCUCAGCCGUUUGUUGCGGCAGCGAACAUCGAUGACAAGCGUCAGGUGGUCAGCACAGCCUACAACACUCCUAUAGGCCUCUACUCCUCGGGCAACAUCCAGGACGCCAUGGAGGGCCAGGUCCGAGGUCUGGUUCCCCAAAAGCCUGUGAGCCCCAGGACUUUGACCAGCAUUGAGGAUUCUGACGUGUACCAGAUGUUACAGAAAGACCAGGAGGAGCCCCAGGAGCCUCGGCAAUCUGGCUCAUUCAAAGCCCUGCAGGAGUUUAUUGACAGUGAUGGCACUCGUCCCAUUGUGACCAGGACAGUAAAAGCCCCGACAACCAAACCAACUCCGCCCACAGGAAACCUGCAGAAACUGCCCGUCUGCGACAAGUGUGGGAAUGGGAUUGUUGGGACAGUGGUGAAAGCUCGAGACAAAUAUCGUCACCCUGGAUGCUUUGUGUGCUCCGACUGUGACAUCAACCUCAAACAGAAGGGCUAUUUCUUUGUGGAGGGUCAGCUGUACUGCGAGACUCAUGCUCGUGCUAGAAUGAGACCACCGGAGGGACAUGACCUCAUCACAACUUUUCCUUCUGCAUAGAUUCCCCAGAUUAUGAGCACAGACACAAACACUCAGGCACACACACAGAUACACUUUGGCCAACACCCCUAUGUCCUUCAUCUGUGUCAUGUGUUUAUCUGCACCUUCAUGGUGUCUGUGUGCAAUAAUAUUUCAAUAAGAAUACACUUUUCUCUCUGAAUGUAACAGUAUGAUGUAGCAGCAGUGAGUACAAAACACAAAUGAGACUUGCUACAUUCAUCUUGCCGGUUUCUCACAAUUUGGUGUCUUUCCAAUAAAGACCUUUGUCCAUACUGUAA